CCGCCAACUUUUUCUCCUUCUAUCUCCCAAUUGAUGAUCAGGAAGAUGGCGUCUCGCGCCCUCAUCCAGGCCAAUUGCUUUCGAGCUGCAACGGCCGCUCUGCGCGCUGGUCCGCAAACCGCUCGAUGGAGUUCUAGCACCAGCUCGACCUCGGCCAUUGCCUACAAAGCCCUUCGCCGUCGUCAAGCUCCGCUUCCUACAAGUGAUACGCCGUCGGCGUGGUCAGCACAGGCAGCCGUAUCUAACAUCCUCUACGAGAUGCCCACCCCCUCCAUGACCCCGCCAAAGCGGCAUGUGCUCAACUGCCUCGUUCAAAACGAGCCCGGUGUGCUGUCUCGAGUCUCUGGUAUUUUGGCCGCCCGUGGCUUUAACAUCGACUCGUUGGUGGUCUGUAACACAGAGGUGGAGGACCUCUCUCGUAUGACCAUCGUUCUGACCGGCCAAGAUGGCGUAGUCGAACAAGCCCGUCGUCAAUUGGAGGAUUUGGUCCCUGUGUGGGCCGUCUUGGAUUACACAAACGCACCCCUCGUCCAGCGUGAGCUACUGCUUGCGAAGAUCAACAUUCUAGGCCCAGAGUACUUCGAAGAGCUCCUGGCUCACCACCGCGAGAUGACGGCCGAAGUUGAUGCCGAAACCAGCGAGAAGACCUUAGGGGAGAUUUCACAGGACUUUCACCCCAGCAAAAUGGUUGCCAGUCAAGCCCUACGACACAAGCACGAGCACUUGAAGUCGAUUACAUAUUUCGCGCACCAAUUUGGUGGCAAGGUUCUGGACAUUAGUACCACCAGCUGUAUUGUUGAAGUUUCCGCGAAACCCGUUCGAAUUGAUUCGUUUAUGAAGCUGGUAGCGCCAUUUGGUAUCCUCGAAUCUACACGUACUGGUCUCAUGGCCUUGCCCCGCUCACCUUUGUUUGGACCGGAUGAGGAGGCUGUCCAAAAGGAGGCAGAUGAGGUUGUUGAUGCUAGCCAGCUGCCUCCUGGUUAAUGGAUAUUUGGCCAGGAAUAAUGGGUAUGAUGGCGUUUUUUCAAAGGCUUGAUUAACUUCUUUCAUUUACAUAUCACCGAAGAAUUAGAGAUCAUGUGGUGCAAACUUGAGAAAAAAAAGACCUAUGUAUGUCAAUCUUGGGUAGAGGUUGGAAUUCACGAGCUCU